AUGCCGAUCAAUAAAUCAGAGAAGCCAGAAAGCUGUGAUAAUGUAAAGGUGGUUGUGAGGUGCCGGCCCCUCAAUGAGAGAGAGAAAUCCAUGUGCUACAGACAGGCUGUCAGUGUGGAUGAGAUGAGGGGAACUAUCACUGUGCAUAAGACCGAUUCCUCCAAUGAACCUCCGAAGACAUUUACUUUUGAUACAGUUUUUGGACCAGAGAGUAAACAACUUGAUGUUUAUAACUUAACUGCAAGACCUAUUAUUGAUUCUGUUCUUGAAGGCUACAAUGGGACUAUUUUUGCAUAUGGACAAACUGGAACAGGCAAAACUUUUACUAUGGAAGGUGUUCGAGCUGUUCCUGAACUUAGAGGAAUCAUUCCAAAUUCAUUUGCUCACAUAUUUGGACAUAUUGCAAAAGCAGAGGGUGAUACAAGAUUUUUGGUUCGAGUGUCUUAUUUGGAAAUAUAUAAUGAAGAAGUUCGUGACCUCUUGGGCAAGGAUCAGACACAGAGGUUGGAGGUUAAAGAAAGACCUGAUGUGGGAGUUUAUAUCAAAGAUUUAUCAGCUUAUGUGGUAAAUAAUGCUGAUGAUAUGGAUAGAAUUAUGACACUAGGCCACAAAAAUCGUUCUGUUGGUGCAACUAAUAUGAAUGAGCAUAGUUCCCGUUCCCAUGCCAUCUUUACAAUUACCAUAGAAUGCAGCGAAAAGGGCGUUGAUGGUAACAUGCAUGUCAGGAUGGGGAAGCUCCAUCUUGUAGAUCUCGCUGGUUCAGAAAGACAGGCAAAAACUGGAGCUACUGGACAGCGCCUCAAGGAAGCUACAAAAAUCAAUCUUUCGCUUUCCACCCUUGGUAAUGUAAUUUCUGCCUUGGUUGAUGGAAAAAGCACUCAUGUGCCUUAUCGGAAUUCUAAAUUGACUCGUCUUCUUCAGGAUUCCUUAGGAGGAAAUUCAAAGACCAUGAUGUGUGCAAAUAUUGGGCCAGCAGAUUAUAAUUAUGAUGAAACUAUCAGUACAUUACGGUAUGCUAACCGUGCUAAGAAUAUUAAAAAUAAAGCUAGAAUUAAUGAAGAUCCAAAGGAUGCUUUGCUUCGUCAAUUUCAGAAAGAAAUAGAAGAACUGAAAAAAAAGCUUGAGGAAGGGGAAGAAAUAUCAGGCUCUGAUAUCAGUGGGUCAGAAGAGGAUGAGGAUGAAGAGGGUGAGGUUGGAGAGGAUGGAGAGAAAAGGAAAAAAAGAAGGGAUCAAGCAGGUAAAAAGAAAGUUUCCCCUGAUAAGAUGGUUGAAAUGCAAGCAAAAAUUGAUGAAGAGAGAAAAGCACUUGAAACAAAGCUUGAUAUGGAAGAAGAAGAAAGAAACAAGGCUAGGGCUGAGUUAGAGAAAAGGGAAAAGGAUCUCCUUAAGGCCCAACAAGAGCAUCAAUCUUUGCUAGAGAAAUUAUCUGCACUGGAGAAGAAGGUAAUUGUUGGUGGUGUUGACUUGUUGGCGAAAGCUGAGGAACAAGAGAAACUUCUUGAAGAGUCUAAUAUGGAACUGGAAGAAAGGAGGAAAAGAGCAGAGCAACUUCGCAGAGAAUUGGAGGAAAAAGAGCAAGAACGCUUGGAUAUUGAAGAAAAAUAUACCAGUUUGCAAGAGGAAGCACAGGGAAAGACCAAAAAAUUAAAGAAAGUUUGGACUAUGCUGAUGGCUGCAAAGUCAGAGAUGGCUGAUCUCCAACAAGAACAUCAGAGGGAAAUUGAAGGCCUGUUGGAGAACAUUCGACAGCUUAGCCGGGAGCUUCGGCUUCAGAUGCUUGUUAUUGAUAACUUCAUACCUCAGGAUUAUCAGGAAAUGAUUGAAAACUAUGUCCAUUGGAAUGAAGACAUAGGAGAAUGGCAGCUAAAAUGUGUUGCCUACACAGGAAAUAACAUGAGGAAGCAAACUCCAAUUCCUGACAAAAAAGAGAAAGAUCCCUUUGAAGUGGACCUUUCCCACGUGUAUCUUGCCUAUACCGAGGAGAGCCUGCGGCAGUCCUUGAUGAAACUGGAGAGGCCACGGACUUCAAAGGGGAAAGCAAGGCCAAAGACAGGGAGAAGAAAGCGUUCUGCAAAACCUGAAACUGUAAUUGACUCUUUACUUCAGUAA